AUGGUGGACAUGCUCAAACGCACCAACCACGCAGGUGAUAGAGAAGUAAAGCGACAAAAAGGUGGUAGUCCAGACCAGAAUGGCGCAGAGUCACAGAAGAAAAAGUUCACCCAUGAGGAUUACACAGUCGCAUGGGUUUGCCCUCUGGAGAUAGAGCUCACUGCUGCGCUGCAAAUGCUUGAUGAGGAACACGAGCCGCUACCACAACCACCCACCGACCACAAUAUCUACCAUCUUGGUAGCAUCGCCAGCUACAAAGUCGUCAUUGCUGGGUUGUGGCAAGCCGGGAACAACCCGGCCACAGCGGUGGUGACCCAGAUGCGAAUUAGAUUCCCGAACCUUCGCUUUGCUCUGCUGGUCGGUAUAGGGGGCGGUGUGCCAACGAUAACCGACAAUGGCAUGCUCCGCCUUGGGCAUGUGGUAGUGAGCAAGCCUGUCGGACCAUUUUCAGGAGCGAUACAGUAUAACCAUGGGAAGGCGAGAGAUGGUGUGUUCGAGCGGACUGGGGCGUUAGCUCCACCCCCUACAGUUCUUCUCCUUGCUGCGCAAGCGCUUGCCGUUCAGCUUGCUCGAUCAGAUGAAGACCUUAUAAUGAAGAAUGUUCAACGCAUAGACACAAGCAAGCCCCAGUUGCGACGGUUCAAGUUCCCUGGUGUCGAAAAUGACAAGCUAUUUCCAGCUGAUUACAAGCAUCUCUGCCCUGGACUGUCAUGUGAAGAGAGUGAAUGUGACAUGGCACAGUGUAUAAAACGCGAGAUAGGUGAACUUGAUCAACUCAUUGUGGUACACCGGGGUACUGUAGCGUCUGGAGAGCUUGUGCUAAGGGACAGUGCACUGAGGGACCAGCUCGCCAAGGAAUACGGGGUCCUGUGUUUCGAAAUGGAGGCUGCCGGAGCGAUGGCCGACUUCCAUUGCCUUGUCAUUCGCGGUAUCUCACACUACUGUGAUUCGCACAAUAACGACCAGUGGCAUGGUUUUGCAGCGGCGGCAGCUGCAGCAUAUGCUAGGCAGCUGUUCUUCCACAUGCCGAUUGAUGAAGUGAAACUGCAAACCAUCAUUCCAGGAACUGAUCCUGGGUUCAAGAUGUUGGUUCAACGCAGUCAUGAUCACGAACGGCAACAGAUGGCUAGCUGGCUUUGCUCAACUGAUUAUGCAUCACAGCAAAGUGCAAAUUUACGUGAGCGACAAGACGGAACUGGACAGUGGAUAUUUGAAGCUGAUGAGUUCCGUCAGUGGGAGAGGGAGAAGGGGGUUCUUUUCUGCCCUGGGAUCCCUGGUGCCGGAAAGACGAUACUGACCUCCAUUGUGGUUGACUAUCUUCGAAAAAAGCAUGGGCCAAACAACGUUGUUGGUCUUGCUUACAUCUUCUGCAAUUUCCAGCAGCAACAAAAUCAGAAGUUAGACAUCAUACUGGCAAAUAUCCUGGGGCAGCUAGUACGAGGGCUGUACCACAUUCCGGAGCAAAUCCAAGCGUUUUAUGACACGUACCAGCGGAAUGGAAUGCAACCAGAGCUUGGUGAUGUGCUCGAGAUGCUGGGUGUAGUUUUAGGGCUAUAUUCCCACGUUUAUAUGAUGAUUGACGCGUUGGACGAAUGCUCAGUCUCAGACGAGACGCGGAACCAUCUGAUUUCCCAUAUCCUUGACCUCCAACAACACUUCAACAUUAGCUUCAUGGCAACUGCCCGGUUCAUUCCGGCAAUUAUCUUACAGUUCGAAAACUUUCCUUCAGUGGAGAUCCGAGCUAGUGACGCAGACGUGAAACGAUAUGUUGAGAGCAAUUUACCCUCCAUCGUGAGACGAAAGACAGAGAUCCAAAAUCUUGUCAUUUCGGAAAUUAUCAAGAAAGCUGGUGGAAUGUUUUCACUCGCCAGAUUGUAUCUGAAUUCCCUAAAGGGAAAAUGUAGUAUCACAGCUAUAAAAAAGGCUCUCAACAAAUUCAAGACGGGAUCGGAGGUAUAUGAACAUGCUUACGAGAAGGCAAUGAAGCAAAUCCAGCAACAAAUAGGAGACCGAGCGGAACUCGCAAAGCGAGCAUUGGCUUGGCUUACCUUUGCGGAGCGCACCCUUACCUUGAUAGAACUCCAGCAUGCUCUUGCUGUUGUGAUUGGUGAAAGUUCAUUUGAUGAAGAAAACUUGCCAGACAUGGAGGAGAUAAUCUCUUCAUGUUCGGGACUGAUCACGUACAAUGAGGAGAAUCAUAUCAUGAGAUUGGUUCACUACACAACGCAAGAAUACCUGGAGAAGACAUGGACGUCUUGGUUCCCAAACGCCCAUUGCGCUAUUGGUGAGGUUUGCGUCACCUACCUUUGUUAUGAUGAUUUCGAAGCCGGGAGAUGUGAAGGUGAGUAUAAAUACGAAGAAAGGUGUCAGAAGUACCCUUUGUAUACAUAUGCAGCGGAAAGCUGGCUGUAUCAUGCCAGGAAGCAACCUCUCAACCACUCGCUCAUCGGGAAACUGUUGAUGAGUGACGGGAAGUUCGAUGCUUGGGUCCAGGCUCUGAAAGAGGAAACCACACUUCUUCACCUCGUGGUUGGGUUAGGCCUUGAGGGCGAAGCAGAGACGCUGCUCAAGAUCGGCCAUCAGGUUAAUGCAACAGAUCGGCUUUUGAACACUCCCUUAAAAAUCGCCGUUGAAAAGGGUCAUGAAAGGCUGGAAAAGCUUCUACUUCGGUAUGGGGUGAGACCUGCGCCGGACAUAUUUACCGCGGCUAGCAUUGGGGAUGAAUCCUCAGUCAAGUACUUCCUUGGACUGGGGGUAGAUGUGAAUCUCAAAGACAAGUAUGGCUGGACGUCGCUAUUUCACGCUGUCCAGGAGGGUCAUGAAGGAGUAGUCCGACUGCUGGUCGACGCUGGCGCAAGUACUGAUCACAAGAAUGCCUCUUAUGGCCUUACUCCACUGUGCUUAGCAGCGAAGAAUGGUCAUCAAGCGGUGGUUCGACUUUUGCUCAAUGAGGGCGCAAAACCAGAUUUGCCUGACGAAAGCGGCAAUACUCCACUAAUGCACGCCUCGGUAGAAGGACACAGCGAAGUGGUAUGCCUCCUUCUUAAGGCAGGCGCGCAAAAGGAUUGGAUUUCGAAAAACACCACCCUUGUAUGUGUAGGAAGGAACGUUGGGGAGGGCACUCCGUUAGAAGUCGCUGUUGAGAACAACAAGAAGGCUGUGAUACGAAACCGCUUAGCGCACAGUGCUGAUCCCAAUCUCUAUGUCAGGAGGUCCCCUUCGUCAUAG